CAGUUUGAAAUGGAUGACCCACGCCUAUUGGAAUUUGAAGAUUUGAUUCGCGUUUUCAUGGAGAGCAUAGCUCAUCUGGCCAUCCCAGACAUAUUCCCGUGGAUAAUGUACAUCUUGCCUGGCGCUCUCACCGGACUCAUCUUCCACCUCGACUUACAGAAAAAGAACAUAUAUAAAUUCCUUAAUUAUUUCAAUAAGGAGAUCGAGGAGCAUCGAGCCACUCUGGACCGUGAUUGCCCCCGGGAUUUAAUAGAUGGCUACCUGAUGAUGAUGGAGGAGAAGGCGGAAGAUCCUGACAAUACCUUCAGUGAGAAGGAUUUGGCGAUCUUAAUCCUCGAUCUGUUCCUCGCUGGGAGUGAGUCUUCGACCAUCACCCUCACCUGGAUGUUCUACUAUCUGGCCACCUACCCGGAGGUACAGCAGAAGAUGCAGGCAGAGAUAGAUGAGGUCCUCCCUAAGGGCACCCUGGCAACCCUCGAAGACAAGCUCAGAAUGCCCUACACGGAGGCGGUCAUACACGAGAUCCUACGUAAGUCUUCACUAGCAGCUACAGGCGUCCAGCAUGUAGCUACCAGAGACACUCAGCUGGGCGGCUACUUCAUCCCUAAGGGCACUAUUGUUAUGGGAGCACAAGAGACCGUACAUCACGACCCUCGGUACUGGGACCGUCCUGACGAGUUCCUGCCGGAGAGGUGGCUCGAUCAACAGGGGAAGUUCACCGCCAAGAAAGAAGGUUUUCUACCCUUCGGUGUGGGUAAACGCUCUUGUUUGGGCGAGGCUCUGGCGCGCAUGGAGUUGUUCAUCUUUUCCACUACGGUAUUCCAGAGCCUUAUCUUCUCUCAACCACCUGGCAAGAAGAUUGAUCUUCCUUAUGACCCAAAAGUUGUCUUCACCCACAACCCCAAGAUCCAGGAUGUCCUGAUCACCAUCCGGCCAGGAUUCUAAUGGAAAUAAUUAUACAUACCUGAGCUUUUGAUUUUUGUUAGUUAUAGCAGUAUUUUGAGUAUUAUUCCAAUAUAGCCUCCCACACUUUCACUUGCUACAGUCAGCGUUGUCAGUUCUCGCCUCCGAGAGUUGGGAAACGUUUUACCUUGCCCCUCUCCCAUCCCUGUUGCCACCUUCCACUCCUCCCCUCCUCACCCUCCCCCCACUAACCCUUCACCUUCCUCUCACACCGGCCCUCGGUCCUCCACUCCAUCCCGCAAUUGAAUGCUACCGAAGCGGGUUCAUAUUUCCGUGGAUCCCAACUCUGAGAUGAGUAUUGAUAAUAGGAAACAUUGAUAUUUGGUAGUGAAUCUACUACAUUCAGGAUAUUUAAGAACACUAAUGUAAAGGAACUAUAUUAUACAUAUUUGAAAAUCCAUAUCUGGAGGAGUGAAUGCUUCGGGUGCAGGUUUAUAACCCCGCGGUUCACAACUCUCGGAGAUUAAGAUUGACAAUGCCGACUGUAGCAGGUAGAAGUGUGGGAAGGGUGUACAUAUUUUAAGGGGUUCGAAUAUUGCACAGCACAAACAAAA